UUUACCUACUGAUUUUUGAAUGGACUAUGAACUUUGUGCAGUAGUAAAAGUAAUCAUAUCUUUAAUUUAUUGUAAAUAUUAUUGAUAAGCUUUAACCUGUAUUCCUGUAUUCUAUAAGUGAUAAUUCUAAGUGAUUAUACUUUAAAACAAUAUGCAUACUUUAACGAAAUUAUUUGUAAAUAAAUGUAAUAUUAGUGGCUUAAUAAGAUGUGUCUCAUCACUGCCAAAAUAUGAAACCUUAACAGUAACAGUUCCAAAGAAAAAUGUCUAUCACGUUGAGCUCAGCCGUCCUGACAAACUCAAUACUGUUAACAAACCUAUGUGGGGUGAUUUGAAGAAGUGCUUUACAGCAUUACAUCAUGAGCCUGAGUGUAGAGUUAUCAUAUUAUCUGGUCAAGGAAAGCUCUUUACUGCAGGUAUUGAUUUGAAAAGUCUAAUUGAGUAUUUCUCAGUGGCCAAUGAGAUUGAAGAUAUUGGUCGUAGGGGCCGCUUCUUGUACACAUAUAUUAAAGAAUGUCAGGAGAGCAUAUCCGCACUAGAAGAAUGUACCAAACCAGUAAUGAGUGUAGUACACGGACCAUGUAUAGGUGCUGGAAUAGAUCUUAUCACCGCAGCUGAUAUGAGAUACUGUACGGAAGACGCAUGGUUUCAAGUGAAGGAAGUGGCUGUAGGACUAGCAGCCGAUGUGGGAACAUUGCAAAGACUACCAAAAGUAAUCGGUAGCGCAUCUACAGCUAGAGAACUAUGUUUUACAGCAAGAAAAUUCUAUGCCAAGGAAGCUUUAGAGAUAGGACUUGUCAGUAAAGUGUUUCCAGAUAAGGAGAGUGCCAUGUCACACGUGAUGGCUACAGCUGAGCAGAUAGCCAGCAUGAGUCCAGUAGCCGUACAAGCAACCAAACAGAACAUCAUAUUCUCACAAAACAAAAGUAACGCCGAGGGAUUAGAACAUGUCGCAUUAAUAAACAUGGUGAAUCAUCAAAGCGAAGAUCUAGCAAAGAGUGCCAUUGCUAUGGCAUCGAAAGGAGAAAAGCCGGAGUUCGAAGAUUAUUAGAGAAAGUAUUAUAUAACACAAUCAUAUAAGUGUUAACCUUUUUUUAUAAUAAAGUUUUAUCUUUUUAUAAUAAAACUUUUAAGACUGU